AACUGUGUCGCUGUAAUAAGUAUCCUUGGUGCCCUCAGUAGACCUCAGUCCACGCAAUCCAAGGCAUUCCAGUACCUCGACAAACACACUCAUUUGCAAAUUAAUUUUGUUUUCACGACAGAUUCAACGGAAUCUCUCAUUUAUGAUAUUCUACAACUGAAUGUGCUGCACACAGGCCGCCUCGUGUUUCAGUUGGAGCGAUAUUUGAGAUAUCGCAGUAUAUUUUCGUUAAGGAAACUGCUCAAUUACCAGUUAUUCCUACGCCUAUAUGAAACCUGGCGUCACCGUGAAAAAAAUUUUCUACAGCUGAAAACCGGUUACUGUAUCCCGAAUUGGGAGAGUGUGCCUGGUUCCGUGGUGUGUGCCUACCGCCUUACCGACAUCGAAGACGCCUUCAGAGGGCCGCUUCACUUGGCGAAUGGACAAGCGACCAAAUUCGAAAGUUCGGGUGAUAAAUACACUCAUUCGCAAGUCAAUUUGGUUUUCACGAGAGACUCAACUGAAUCUCUGGUUUAUGAUGUUCUACAACUGAAUGUCCUGCACACAGGCCGCCUCAUGUUUCAGUUGACGCGAUAUUCGAGAUAUCGAAAAAAGUCCAAUUUGGGUUCAAGUAGAACAUAG